AUGCACAAGAUGCAGGAGGAAAGGGAUCAGAGAAAGAAACUGUUACAAUUUUUUAUGGGCCUCAAUGAAAGCUUUACAGCUGCUAGAGGACAGACUCUCAUGAUCAAUCCAUUACCUAGUGUACCACAAGCUUAUUCUUUUGUGAAAGAGGAAGAAAGACAGAGGAUGGGACACAAUACCACUCAGUCAUUUACUGCAAAUGUCAAGAACAAUUCUCAAACCUCAAAGAUGCAGUCCUCUGUUCCUAACAACACCAAUGAUUCCUUAACUAAACGUGCAACGUUGAAGUGUGUUUACUGUCACAAGGAAGGUCAUCAACAUUCUUUGGAGCAGUUGGAGCAGCAAGUGGCUCAGAUGUCUCAACUCAUGACUGCAAUGAUCAAUAAUAAGGUUAUGGGAACUCCUGAGGAUCAUGUAGCAGGUUUGGCCUAUUCUAUGCUAUCAUACUCACCUCAUGAUUCUUUACAUACUUGGAUUAUGGAUACAGACGAUUCUACACAUGCUAUAGAAUUUAACUCAUCCCAGUUCUUGGUAAAACAUAAGGGCAUUGUUUUGACUUCUGGUACACAGAAGGGUGGACUGUAUUAUCUGUUUGUUAACACUGUUAUUCCACAUAUCAAUAAUGUGGGACCAUCUGUCAACAAUCUUCCUUCCAAGUUGUGGCACCUUAGACUAGUUCAUGCACCUCAUGAUAUUUUGAAACACAUCACUAGUCUAGACAUCUCAGCUCCUUGUUCCAAAGACUGUCUAGUGUGUCCUACAGCAAAACAGUCCAUGUUACCUUUUCCCAAACACAGUUCAAGUCAUGCUAAUUCUCCUUUUAUUUUGGUUCAUAUGGAUGUGUGGGGAUCUUAUAAGGUCACAACCACUGAAGGUUGUAGAUACAGAGAUGAAUAUAGAGAUAAGGGUAGGAGGAGGAGUCGUAGUCGAAGCAGGGACAGAUCAUCCCAUGAAUACCGUGGAAGGGACAGGGAUUAUCAUCACAGAAGCAGGAAUCGUAGCUUAAGUCCAGAUUAUCGUAAAGACCGUGAAAGAAGCAGAUAUGAUGAUGCAAGACGUAGUAGGAGCAGGUCUCGAGGAAGGUAG